AUGAGCACUCACCAGGGCCCGAAAGAGGCCGGCCUCUACAACCCUCUCAAGACCAACCAAGUUCGGCUUCUGCGACUGAAUCCAGACCCCGACUCAGAUGAAGUGGGAAAUCUAGAAGUAGUGGAACUGCGCGAGGCUCCUCCAUAUUACGCCCUUAGUCACAGCUGGACGAGCCAGCACAGCUACCAGGACGUCCUCAUAAACAGCCAAGUCGUCACGCUCGGAGCUGAUCUCGCCGCCUGCGUUCACAGGCUCUCGCAAUUGGCAAGAAGCAACUCCGAGCUCGACCCUCCCGUUCGUCACAUCUGGAUCGACAGCAUCUGCAUCGAUCAGUCAAAUCUCGACGAGCGCGCGGCUCAAGUCUCCCUCAUGGGUCAGCUGUACCGCAGCGCCAUCAGAACACUUAUCUGGCUCGGUCCCGACUCCAGCGACUGCUACGGCGCGUGGGAGCUGCUGGACAGCAUACACCACAUCUUCAGGCAACAGAACCCCAGAGCCACGGAGCCGAAUGACAUACCCACCCGCAUGUACCGACCCUCUGCACACGAAGCCUCCGGCCUGCCGCCAUGGGAAGACUUUCGGUGGUCGCAUCUUAAGAACCUCGUCAAGUUCAACGCCACCGACCAGAGGGACAAGAUCUAUGGACUCAUGGGUCUUGCUUGCGAAUGUCAGGAUCUGGCUACUAUGCCUCUCGAGCUGAGACCAGACUAUCAGAUUGACGUGACGGAUGUAUACCUGAGGGUUGGGCGAUACAUGCUGCAACAGAGCCGCUCGCUUGCGUUCUUGACCCGAGCACGUUGUGUCGAUGGCAGUAUCACCAGAAGACAGCGGGAGGAGAGUCUAGAUAUACCAUCGUGGUGCCCGGACUGGAGCGAUUUCAAGAAUCCCAACGAGGGCAUCGCUACAAGUCUCUCGUGGGUUCAUGCCGGAGACAAGUCUAGGCCAGCCAGACUCGGCUUUCUCGAACAAUUCUCUGCAGCGUCUGGGCUUGAACUCGAGAUUCGUCAUGAAGGCGAUCCGCGAGUACUCUCACUCGUGGGUAUCAGGGUGACCACAGUCGAGGUAGCUUUGCCGUUUGGUGUGAAUCCUUCUCGCAAGGUUGAACCCGAGCAGCCUUUUACAGAGCAGAUGACGCGCAUCUUGUCAGAGGCGCUGAAGACACUCAAACGGGAGACCAUAUCUGCCUGGACGAGACAGUUUGUUAGCGCAACUACAGUCGAGCAGCAUUCCUUUGUUGGCCGGGACUGGGAACAGUCUGUCGCGGACGGCGCAGCCUAUAUCCAUCAUCUUCUGCUAAACGACAUAUCACUUUCGUCCUUGUGCGUAGAGCAGAGCGGGGAUCCGAACGCUCUUUCCGUACUCCAGGACUUAUCAUCCGGUGGAGCUGCAGACUACUACAAGAGCCUGGUUCACAACUAUGGUUUCGAUAGGGCCUUCUUGGUCACGGCAGACGGGAGAAUGGGCAUUGGCCCAUCAAAUAUUCGGCAGGGAGAUGCUGUUGUCGUGCUUGCAGGCGGCGAUGUGCCGUACUGUGUGCGUAAGGAGGGAGACUGCUGGCUUUUGGUGGUCGUUUCAGAUGGCCAGACCGCCGCCAACAUAUGUCUUCUAGGAGACGAGUAG